UAAAAAUGGGUCCCAAAAGAAGAGGGUCCUCGACGCCUCUCUCUUUCGAUGGUUCUCCAGAGGCGAAAAAAGUAGUUCUGCCAAUGAAGUCCAGAAGCUUCCGUCCUAUCACAGACUCAGAAUAUGAUGAAGAAAAUCAAGCCCAAUCUGAUGACGAAGAGCAAACUGGCGGAAGCUUCGCAAAUAGUUCUGCAUACAAGAAAUUAGCAGUCGAAGGAGGUCCACUUGAAAUUGGCAAGAAGUUAAGAAACAUGCUGAAGUUGCCGAAAGCAUACAAGUGGGCUGUGUUUGAGUGGUUCUACUCUUCCAUAGACAGGGUUUUGCUGAACGAGGAAAAUGAUUUCCAGAUUUGCCUGAAAGAGUCUUUCCCCGACUUGAAGACAAGGAUGAUGAAUCGAAAUGAGUGGAGGAUCAUUCGACGGUUACUAGGUAAGCCUCGAAGAUGUUCACAUGUGUUCCUUUACGAAGAGAGAAGAGCGCUGCAGAGGAAGAGAGCCAAAGUGCGCUGGUUGCAGAUGAAGAGGCCGGCAGACCCUGUCAACUUCAGAGACAUUCCUGCGCAUAUUCCCAGGGCUAUCCCGGUGGGGUCAAAGGUCACAGCUUAUUUGUACCAGAGCGCAGAAGUUCAGUCAGGGUUGUACACGGGAACUGUAGCUGCAAUCGAUGUGGCCACAAAUCUGUACAGAAUCAAUUUCCCCAAACUAGGCAUCGGAUCCUUCUGGAUUUCAGACGCCGAAGUGUGGUGUCCAGACAAGUACGUGCUCCGACCUCUGGACUCGUUCAUGGACGUGAAGAGACAAAUAACACUUCACAAAGAGCCAAACAUACCAUCCGAUGUCUCCAAAGCGGAACCAGGAGCAGUCAUUGUCACCGAGACUGACACGGGACUCUCGAGCGAGAACCCGGAGCCUUCUACGGUCAUCGAAAGUAACGCUGCGUUUGGAGGGUUCCCUAUCAAGUUUUUAGGGACUCUAGUCCAUUUAACAAAAUUGCUAACGAGGAAGAAAUACUUGAUCGAUAAAUUAUGCUGCGAAAAUUCGUUAGCCGAGGAGACUAUAGCAAGAAAUCUUGAUUUUACCCUUGAUUUUCAACAAAAGUAUGCUAGCUUGCUGUUGGAGUUGGAAGUGAUAAAUAAAGACUUGGUGCAUCAUUUAGAAUCAGCUAAAAAGCUAGCUCGGAAUGUGACGCCUAAUAAUGAACAUUCCCUCUUACUUACCGAUCACAAGUCUAAGUGUGAUGAAAAAGCGGUACAGUUGGUAGAAAAGUUAACUAGUUGCCAAUUACCCGAAAAUUCUACUAAUCUUAUUACAAAACUAGCCUCUGCCUUAUUACAAUUGAAAUCUAUGGCGGAAGGAGAAACGAGAGCUUUCGACACGAAGUCUUUGAAUGAUACACUUGCAGAUAUGAAAUCGAAUCUGAGAACAUCAAACCAGAAUAUAUUUCAGAGAGACGUAGAAGUCAAUGUUGCGCAUAUUCAAUCCUCUAUUAAACUUUUCGGCAGUUUACAAUCUCUAAACACAACUUAACUUGAAUGCUUGCUUGUGUUUUUGAAAUAUUUUAUUGUGUUCGAAAUUUGAAACCCUUUGAAAAAAAUUUUUUUU